AUGAAUGAGCUUGAACCUUGCCUGGCUUUACAGGACCCCGUCAACUGCACCACGGCCACUGCGACGAUGAAGCAGGAGAUCUCGGAUGUGGUGGCCUUUAAAGAGAUGCUGUCCGCUGUGCAGAGGCUGCCGGUUCCCAAGACGACGGGUCCCGGCACGAAGCAUCCAGCUGUGGCCUUCACGGUUCUGGUGACUUUGCACAACAUGGUCACCGAAACCAUAGCACCGAAGUUCAUGGAGGACAGUCGGCGAAAGUACGUCUGUGCCACGGAUGCCUUGCGCGAAGUCUCGAAGCAGCUUGCCUGGGGUGCCGAGUCGAAGUUAUUCAUCCCGGACCUCGGCGUCGACGGCCUCCCCGGCCUCUCAGCGUCCCAUCGCCUUGUCAGUUGUUCCGUUUAG